AUGGCAUUGAAGAAGUGGCAGUCUUGGACUUCAGUAUCAAGAUGGAUUUUUAGCUGGUGGCGCGUUCCACAGCUCACUGCAGAUACUCUAGCUGGGAAGUCUGGAGCCACGUCAGACCAGCUGAUAGAAUAUGAGUGCACUGGAUAUCAAGACCAGAGUGACGAUGAUAGCCAGGGCAGAGAGUUCCUGACCCCGAGCUCUCAUAGCCUAUCAAUCGUGUCUACUCCCUCUAGGUCUCCUUCUCUACACUUUGGCUGGGAGAAGGCCACCAAACUAGAAGCUUUCUCAUCUGAUGAGACCUUGCAUGCAAGGGGGCAAUCAAGCCCGUCAAGCUUGAAAGGCCACGUCUCUGUGUUUCCCGAGGCUGCUACUUCUUCGAUAGGCCAACCUCUUGGAAAUCGGUCUAUUCAAACCGUCGAUCCACGUCAUGAUAGAGAAAAGGUUCAGCAGAGACGAAGGCUUCUCCAGUCCCAGCGCCUCAUUGACAAACGUAUGGCCGUGCUAGGUGUUCGUCUACGCGUCCGCGAGAGUCGGAACGCGCUCCGUAGCAUCAGGGAAGAUCUCAUGGAGACGGAUGCUCGUCUUUCCCAAGACCUCAGGAUGCUGACGGCCAGGUCCGGCAACGUCAAGCUGGAGGCCCUACUCAGCCAAAUCGAGGGCAUUCAGAACCAACGAGAGGAAAUGCAGCUCAGGGAGUCAGAGUACAACAUUCUUGAGGACGAGCUGAAUCGUGCGGAGUGGGAGAUGAAGGAGGACGAGACUAAGCUUUAUGAGCAAAUGACCGAUGUUGACGACCAUUUGUCACUGGAGGAUAGUGACCAUCACUUCAACGAAGAAGCUCUGGAUGCGGCUUCCUCGGACACUGCCUCAACACCACCUUAUAGGUCACCGUUGGAAGAGCAAUGGCUCUCAAGAAUCGGCGACCGAAACUUAGCCUUGGAGCAGCUUCAAGAACUUCGUGCAGAACGGGCGCGCUGGGUCGAGGAAGAAAGGGUCCUUCACCGCGUCGGUCGCAAACUCGAUGAGGAAGCACAACAUUUCCUUGAUCGUUUUGAUAGUCGACAUGUAUCUCUCAAGGGCGAUCUUGUGCAAAUCGAAGCGGAUCUGGCUCGACUACAGGAAAACUUAUCAGAGCAGGCAGAUGUUCUCUAUUCUUCAAGCCAGUUUGACGAAGAGAGUGAGACGAUAGAUCGACCGUCUACAGAGCCACUCUUGAACAUGGCUAUUACAGACGACACAGACCCAGCUUCAAAAGACCCCCUGUUCCUUCGAGAAGACAGGCAUCACCCAAUCUUCUCGGAUGCGGCUAUCGAUUCAAACCAAGACUCGAUCAGCACAGUGAGCUACAUCAACGAAUGGCUGUUGCACAUUCUCCGCAGAUCAGCAAUUGAAGUGCGACGGUUCAAAAUGACCGAGAAAAUUCGAACGCUGCCACUCGAACGCGAGCAAUUAGCUCGGCUUGUUCUCGACUGGUGGUCCAAGGAUGAGACAGUGAGGCUGUUUCCCCAAGGUGGCAAGGACGCGGGAAGAAGUGUCUCUCCGACAUCGAAGGGAAACUGGGAGGAAGGCACACUUCGAGCCACACGCAGUGACUCUGUGUCGCUUCGAAGAAGAACGUGUCCGGUAUCCAAGGAAAACUGGGAGAAAUAUCGCAUCAGAGCCACCCGCAGCGAUUCGGUAUUGCUCAGCGUUGAUCGCAUCGCGCGUCGCUUGCAGGCCACUCACACUCUCCAACUCGACGCAGCUACAGGCAUGACAGUCUUUCCUGGCUUGAAUAUCAUGGAAGACUCGUACCGUGCUACAGCAUCGACUCGUCCCAGGUAA